AUGUCUCUCACACUCCUACAGGCGUCGGCUGCAUCCUUUGUGUUGCUUUCCAUCAAGGGCAGACAAUGGACAGCCGAUCCAAGAUUCAAAGCUAUCACGGGCACGAAUUCGUGGACUUGUGGUUCUCUAGGAUGGUACCAGGCUCAUAGUAUCAUUUCUCUUAGCCAAGUUUUAACCAUAGUAAUAGGUCUUCUUCACUGGCAAUGGUCACAAGAUCCCAGUCUCCUCCAAGAUCCACUGAACAAGGCCAUGGCUGGGAUCGUGAAUAUCAUACUCUGGGCUAGCUCUGCCUGGUAUGCUAAGCAUGGUAUCACUGAUACUUCCAUUGUCCUUGGUAUAUCUGCCGCGUUGCAGGCUUUCAGCGUUGGCAAGGCUUGCCUGUGA